CCAACGUCUUAGAAAGACGGAAGCAAAAGGUUUAAGCGAGACAGAGACCUAAAGCUGAAGAAGAAGAAGCAAAAUCAAUGGGGUCGUCGUCAGCUCAACGAGAGCUUCAGCGCGAAUUGGAAGCCAAAGCUAACGAUCUCAGCAAAAUCCAAAAGGACAUUUCAAAGAAUCAUCAAGUGAGAAAGAAGUACACCAUUCAGCUCGGCGAGAACGAGCUCGUCCUUAAGGAAUUGGAUCUGCUGAGCGAAGAUGCCAAUGUGUUCAAAUUGAUCGGUCCGGUUCUCGUGAAGCAGGAUUUGGCAGAGGCCAGGGCCAAUGUGCGCAAGAGAAUUGAGUACAUUUCCGCGGAACUGAAGCGGCUGGAUGCUACUCUUCAAGAUAUGGAAGAGAAGCAAAAUAGCAAGAAAGAAGCGAUUUUUAAAGUACAACAGAGGAUUCAAUCUCUCCAGGCUGGAAAAGCAAAGGCAUAACCUUGUUUAGUGUUGUGUCAUUUUGUGAGCAGUAAUAUUUUCUAUAUGUUCCUGUCGAUGCUUGAACGUAGUUUCUUUUUUGUUCUAGUUUGUUUAAAGUCCCAACUACCAUUCACUCUAGUUGUUGUAGGAUAUUAGUCUCUUUUGUUCCUGUUUGUUUAAAGCUCCGGUUGCCCGUCGGUAUCAGUUAUGUACUUGUACUGUAGUUGUAAAUGGUUUUGUUGGGAAAUUCAUGUAUCCUUUUGGUUUGUAUUGUUUGUAAGUUGUAACUUUAGAAGGGUUUUCUGUUUCACUCUUGUUUUAUCAAUAUAAAGUGAGGGUUCUUGAAAGGUCCAAA